UCUCUAGAAAAAAGAGAACACAGCCUCUCUCCCGCCCUAAGAAACGAAACCAAGGGAAGGGGAAAAGUAAGGGAAAUAUUUUUGUUGUUGGUGCGAGGAUAUGAAGAGUGGAUCAAUGGCGGGGCUGGAAGUUCCUGUAAUCGGCAGUGAUGCAAUCAAGUGGUUUGAGAUUCAAAUUCCUUCUUCUUCACUUGCUAUUACUGGUAAUACUGCUACUUCUCAGCAGCAGCACUCCUUCGCUCCCAUGACGGAAGAUGUUUCCUCAUAUCACAUCAUUGGAAAACCCCCUGCAUAUCUCAUCUGGAGAAUCCACAAGAAUCAACCCAAUGCUCUUGAAUUGAUUGAAUUUUCAGCUUCAGAAGAGUUUCCAAAGACUGGUCUUCGCCUCAUCUUUCAAGACGCACUAUCCCCAUUUGCUUUCAUAUGCAAAAACGAGACUCGCAGUAACCCAUAUCUUCUUUACACACUUACAAUCUCUGGAAUUGCUUAUGUUAUUCAACUGAGAAACUUAUGUGAUUAUGCAUCAUGUACCAUAUACCCACAAAAUGAGUUUACAGAAUUCGAUUUGAAAGCUAAUUCACAACCUGAAACAACCAUAACUAGUAUAGCAGCAGUCAAAGGUUGUUUAGUUGUAGGGAGAAGUGAUGGCUCAGUUGGAUGUUUCCAUCUUGGCAUACUUGAUCCAUCUUCACCAGGAUUUGUGAACGAGCUGAGAGAUGAUGCUGGGAUUGGUCGCCUGUGGGGUUUCAUGUCAAGGGGUAGAGCUGUUGGACCAGUACAAGAUAUGGUGAUAUCGGAUGUGCAGGGAAGAAGUUUAAUUUUUGCACUUCAUGCUGAUAAAACCUUACGAGCGUGGGAUCUUCUAGGUCAUACAAGAGUUCUUCAUCAUACACUUAGCAUUCCUGAAUCAGCAGGAGCUACACUUUUGAGAUUUUGGGUUGGUGAUGCUAAUCCUGUUACGCGUCUGAUUUCCGUCGCACUCUUAUAUAGAAAUGACAUGGAAGUGGACAAGGACAUCAUUGGCAUGUUUAUCCUACGUUUUAAUCCAGGAGACAAAAUCAAUUUGUCAAUGGAACCAUCAAUGCAGAAUAUAUAUUUGGGAGAGGGAGCUCUAGUCGACUUGAAAUUCGCUUCUGACAAGCUUUGGAUACUGAAAGAUGAGGGGCUAGAAUCGUAUGAUAUCCUUAACAAUGAUGUUAAUCUAGAGAAAGUGCACAGCUAUGGUAUGCAGGAAGCAUGUGUUGCCGACCAGCUACUUCAAGUUUCAGAACAUUCAUCGGAUGAUCUGAUUUGGGCAAGCAAUUCAUUAUUUUCUUCUGUUAAGGAUCUGGUUGUUCCCUUUGUAUCUUCUAUUUUUUCACGUAGGCUGCUGCAUCCCGGGGUUCAUCAAAAUGUUACUUUUCGUGCAACUAUUCAAGACUACAAUAAGUACUGGACUGAUUCUGAGUUUCAGUCCUUAUCACUUGAUGAUCUAAAGCAGGAAAUGUUUUCUCUUAUUGAGAGUGAGGGAAGUGCCGAAAACCCAAUUUCAAUAGUUUAUUGCUGGAAAAGUUUUUGUGCUCGCUAUUUUCAUUAUUGGUGUAUAAAUAAUAGACCAUAUGGCUUGCUGGUUGAUAAGGCGACUGGUGCUGUUGGUUUAAUCAGGAAAAGUUCUAUAUCCUUGUUUCGUAGUUUGGAGAAUGUUGAGCUGCUUAUCUAUGGUGCUUUCGAUGAAUUUGGUCAUUUAGUUAUCUCUGGCUUGGAUUUGCCAAAUGAUGAUAGUGACCGUGAAAUUCUUUUUGAUGUUUUAAGAUGCAUUAGUAGUAUUAACCAGCAAUUGGGAAGAGCUGCCCCGGCUAUUUUUUAUGAAUCUCUUGUUGGUUUACCAAUUAUCUCGUCUGAAGAAGUUGUCCCUCGUUUGCUGAAGAUUUUGGAAACUGGAUACAGUUCUUCUGUAGCAGCAAUCCAAGUAUCACAAGUUGGAGCUGAUAGCGCCUGGUUGAAGGAAUUAGGGGACCACAAAAAUCAGAGAAAAUUUUCAAUUGACAUGCUGCGGUCUCUUCAUUCUUUAUGCAAUAAAGCUGGCACAUGGACCAGAGUUUUGAAUGUCAUAGAACAUUAUCUAAAAUUUCUUGUCCCCUGCAAAAGCAUGCAAAAAUUGGAUUCAGAAGUGGACUUAAAUAUUAGUACAUCCAUUUUGGUUCAGUCUACAUCUCAAGUUGCAAAAGUAAUGUUUGAAUCUGCCUUGGACAUACUUCUGCUGUUAGGCUAUUUGGUAAACAUUAGUGGACAGGUGCAAAUGGUAGGAGACGAUAUCUCAAGGAUAGAACAAGAACUGGUCCCGAUGGUUCAAGAGAUUCUUAUGGAGUGGCUUAUCCUGCAUUUCCUAGGAACUAUGCCUUCCAGAUCACCGACCCCGGAAGAUUUCAGUUCUCAACUCUCAGCGCUGCACAUUGAUAGCAACGCUGAUAAGAAACGUUGGAAUCAGAAGCUUGGCACUCAUGAUUUCACGUUGGCCAGUUUGCUUUUUUUAAAUUUCCAAAGUUCCGCUGAAGACAAUGUCUACCUCUGUUCUAGAUAUCUUCCUAGUCCAAACAAAUAUAUUAAAUCGGUAAGAAAUUUCAUCAGUUGGAUUAUUUGGGGUGGGAUGGGCGGAGAAUCUUCUGGCUUUUUUAGUCAUUCAACGGAACUCGCAAAAAUCCUACUUAGGCAUGGGCAGUUUGAAGCUGUUGAGAGCCUAAUCGCAAUGAUCGAUGCACACUCACGUAAAGAAAAGACGUCCCAGGGUGUCCAGACUACUGAUGGCGACUGGUGUAUACGCCUUCAUCUUCUAGGAUUGUGUCUUCUUGCAAGGGCACAAUCUGGAUUGCAAGGUAUCUCAAAAGAAGUAAAAGUUCGUGAAGCUGUUCGCUGUUUCUUUAGGGCUUCUUCUGGAAGUGGAGCAUCAGAAGCCUUGCAGAGUUUGUCUUUCCCAGGCCUCCCCAACCCUGGUCAUUCUGAUUGUGAGUCGGCAGCAGCAUGGAAGCUUCAUUAUUACCAGUGGGCGAUGGGGAUUUUUGAGCAAUAUAACUUGAGUGAAGGUGCUUGCCAAUUUUGUCUUGCAGCACUAGAGCAAGUUGAUGAAGUUGUUGACUUAGAAGAUUGCACACAUAGAGGAGGUCUUCUCGAUGAAUCUGCAACUAUGAUUAAAGGAAGGCUAUGGGCAAAUGUCUUCAAGUUUACAUUAGAUAUGAGCUUCUAUAAUGAUGCUUACUGUGCUAUUGUCUCUAAUCCGGACGAGGAUAGCAAAAACAUCUGCCUGAGGCGUUUCAUCAUUGUUCUAUGCGAGCGUGGAGCUACUAAGGCACUUUGUGAUGGUCAACUACCUUUUGUGGGGCUAGCGGAGAAGGUCGAGAAAGAGCUUGCAUGGAAGGCGGAGCGGUCAGAUAUUGCAGCAAAACCAAAUGCAUAUAAGUUGCUUUAUGCUUUUGAAAUCCGGAGACAUAACUGGCGAAAAGCAGCUAGUUACAUGUACCGAUAUUCAACACGCUUGAGGAGUGAAUUAGCCUUGAAAGAGAACCAGCAGCUUUCCAUGGCACUACAAGAGACACUCAAUGGGCUCUCUGCUGCUAUUAAUGCUCUGAACCUUGUGCAUCCCGCGUACGCAUGGAUAGACCCUCAAUUUGAUGGAUGCUCUUGCACAGAUGAAAAUUAUCCAAAUAAAAAGGCUCGAACCAGUAAUGAGGAGAGCUCUCUGGCUGACAAGAAUAUUAAAUCUUCUUGUCCCCAGCAUUGCAUCGAUAUUGAGAAGCUUGAAAAGGAACUUGUCUUCACCUCAGCGCAAUAUUUGCUUACACUAGCAAAUAUGAAGUUGAAAUUUACAGGAAAACAAACAAUUUCGUCAGAAUUGGUGGAUAUUUUGGUUCAAGCAAACUUUUAUGAUAUGGCAUUUACGGUUCUUCUGAAGUUCUGGAAAGGUUCUGAAUUGAAGAGGGUAUUAGAGCGAGUAUUUGCUGCUAUAUCGAUAAAAUGUUGUCCCAGUGGAUUAGGAUCCACAUUUAUUGGGAAUGAUUUGAAAGCACACAGUCUUAUACUGACAUCAUCAGAAGAUGAAUCAUAUGUCCAUGGUGCAAUUGAUGCAACUCCCCUUAUUCAUCAAUCGAAGGGGAGUGGCCAGUGGGAAAAGCUCGAGCUUUACCUUACGAAGUAUAAAGAUUUGCACCCGAGGUUACCAGUAAUUGUUGCUGAAACACUAAUGCGUAUAGACCCUCAGAUUGAGUUGCCUCUUUGGCUGGUUCAUAUGUUCAAGGGAGGUAGACAUGCAACCAGUUGGGGAAUGACUGGUCAAGAAUCAGAUGCUGCAUCUUUAUUCCGGUUAUAUGUUGAUUAUGGUCGAUUUACAGAAGCUACAAAUUUAUUGCUUGAAUACAUGCAAGCCUUUGCAUCUCUGAGACCAGUGGACAUACUCAAGCGAAAAAAGAUGUCUUCAGUUUGGUUCCCAUACACAAUGAUCGAGAGACUUUGGUGCCAAAUUGAGGAGUGGAAAAGCUCUGGUCAUAAUAGUGAUCAAUGUGAUAAGCUCCAAAAGCUAUUGCACGGAGCUUUAUUGAAUCAUCUAAAACUAAUAAAGGUGGAUUCACACGAUGCAGUAUCUUCCGCACACUGUUAAGAAGCUAUCAGCAGCCAAAGAUGGUGUCCAAUGCUGCAGAAAUAUUUCAAACUGUGUGAUCUGCAUUAUGAGCAAGAAAUUAAAGUAAACGGUCCUUCACGCUGUUCAAGCAAGUUUUAAGUGAUCUCAGUUCAGAAUAUCAAGUGUUCAGGUUACAAGCAAGUUGGAGUUUGAAAUGUCUCUUUUUUUCUUCCCAAGUCUCAGUUGUACAGAACACAGAACUACAGAUAAACACCAUUAAUCAUCAGUUGUGGUUAGUUCAAGUAAAAAGUUUUUUAAGGCGACUUCUAGAAAAGCCUAUUAUCUGCGUCCGAUGUUGUAUUAGCUCAAGCAAGUAUUACAAAUAUGUAAUGUUGAAGACAAAUGAUUGUUAAGCCAUUAGAAGAAAUUUAGGAACAAAUGUGCAUCAUUUCAACAGUAGUGGAAUUUUGUACGUACCAAUUUCUUGGUCUCCGCGUGAUUUUAAGGAAUGCAAUCGUUCUGCUUUUGCUGUGAA